ACAAACUGCAGCUCUAACCAUUAGCAGCCCCUUGCUCCCACACUGCAGUCAGUAAUGAAGCUAUUUCUGAGUUCAUUAGUACUCAGUCUCCUCAUUCUCUCAACCAGAUCUGCUCCCCUAACCUGCUAUUCAAGGGUUUUAGCUCUGAGCAAAGAAAUCACAGAAUCUUUUGAAAAAUUGGAGAAAAUUGUUCCAUCAGGACCAUGCAUGGAUUUACUCCCAGCUCUAUACUUGGAUGUACACAAUUCUUGUGUGAUGACAAAGCUGCGUGAAUUUAUUUCAACCCCAAACUGUGGUAGAUUCCCCAGGGUCACUGCAUUAAAGAAGAAAGUAAGAAACUUGUACACCAUCAUGAACUCAGUUUGCAAACGGGACUUGGUCUUCUUCACCGAUGACUGUGCUGCUCUUGAAAGACACAAGCCAACACCAACUCCCACACCUGUUUCAGAAUGAAUGGCCGUCAUCCAAGGAAGAAUAUAUAAUGGAGAAAGCUGGAACCAUUCCAAUUGAUCUAAAUAAGACUGUGCCUAUUUACUAGAACAGCACAUAAUAUCUAAUAGAUAGUAUCUAGAUCUAUAUAGUGAGCAGUCAGUUACGUUAAUCACUAGUCACUGUAGUCAUUUGUCUUCAGUAAUGGUAAAUAAAUGACUAAUUGUCUUUAUAGACAGUGGAUUAUACUUUUCUUUGGGAAUACUUAUUUUUGCAAUAACGUAGCAUGUUUUCUGUCUAAAUGCAUACAUUCCUGUAAAUUUAUGAACACAUAUUUGCCUGGAUUUAGUUGG